CACAACCAAACAAACCGUCGCCAUUGUGUAAUUCUGUUAGUCUGUUGGCUGUGCAUUGUUUUGAUUCUGUCCUGACUCCAGUGACGUUAUCCAGAAAAUUGACGUUUUCGUUCAAUAAAUAUCUAACAAUUCGUUCAUCAUAUAUAAUAAAAGUUAAUUAUGGCUCGUACUAAGCAAACUGCACGUAAAUCCACCGGAGGAAAGGCUCCCCGUAAACAAUUGGCAACUAAAGCCGCACGUAAAAGUGCACCAUCAACUGGAGGAGUAAAGAAACCCCAUCGUUAUCGUCCAGGUACUGUGGCUCUUCGUGAAAUUCGUCGUUAUCAAAAAUCUACUGAAUUGUUGAUCCGUAAAUUACCAUUUCAACGUUUGGUAAGAGAAAUUGCACAAGAUUUCAAGACAGAUUUACGUUUCCAGAGUGCUGCCAUUGGAGCUUUGCAGGAGGCCAGUGAAGCAUACUUGGUUGGUUUGUUUGAAGAUACUAACUUGUGCGCUAUCCAUGCAAAACGUGUCACCAUUAUGCCUAAGGAUAUUCAGUUAGCUAGACGCAUCCGUGGUGAACGAGCUUAAUUCGUCCCUCUACAUUCCUCUCAAUUGUAAUUUUUUUUUUUUUUUUUCAUUUGACAUUUAUCUGGGUUAUUUAUCUUUAUACAUCAA